AUGACAGAAUGGAACACCCGUGUGGCGAUUAGGAACGUCAGACGCUUGCAGGAAGAAUUUGACAAGACCGAAAGGCCAGAUUUCAGACUGCGGCGAGAUCUAGCCGAUGCGAGAGCUUAUCUUGAGGCGGUCAAAGCCAAAGAUAAAGUUAAGAGAAAGACAAACAGAGCAGAGAGGAUCAGGGCUCAGCUCGUCGAAGCUGAGGAGGAAGCCAACCGAGCCUUCGAAGUCGCAACCGAGACAAGCAGAGCCGCGGAAAAGACCAAAAAGGCUGCCAAUGCGUCGAGACAAGAUCUUAAGUCACUUCGAGAGAAGCACGCAUCGACGUCGAUAUUGGAAGCGGCGGAGCUGAGAGAAGAAGAAGACGGCUGGACAUUCCGAAACGAAGAGGACGCACAUGUUGUUGCUGAAAAGCAGCUUUAUGAGGCCAACGGCCAACGCCACCCCUCCCAAGCCGCCCAAGACUCGACAUCGAAGGAGCCGGCGGAUAUCACCAACAAGCAGGCAUCACCCAACGGCAGCGAACAAAAACAUUGUUUGAGUCCACCACCGAGCAAGUCUACACCCCCAUCCCCUGCAGUCAGCACUGCUGCUUCACAAGAUGACGACGUCUACUAUGACGCGGAGUGUAACAGCGACGGGGACGCCGAGAUUUUGGGCUCAAUGUUCCCACUCUAG